GUGUUGUUUACUGAUGACGUUUCAGCUGAAGCCGUGGAGUGAUGUAGCUAACAUCUAUUUACAGGAUGAUAAUGUUAUAUUAAACAUCGAGUUCACGGUAUAGCAACAGGAGACACGUGGACAAGCACAAGAUGUUGGAGUCCUAUGUUACACCACUCCUGAUGAGCUAUGUUAACAAGUAUAUUAAGAAUCUAAAGCCAUCUGACCUGCAGCUGUCUCUCUGGGGAGGAGAUGUGGUGCUCAGCAAGUUGGACCUGAAGCUGGAUGUGCUGGAACAGGAGUUGAAGUUGCCCUUUACAUUCAUGAGUGGUCAUAUCCAUGAGCUGCGUAUCCACGUACCCUGGACCAAGCUGGGCUCGGAGCCUGUGGUCAUUACCAUCAACACCAUGGAGUGCAUCCUGAAGCUGAGAGAUGGAGCCCAGGAUGACCACGAGAGUGGAUCUAGUUCCACCAGUCGCAGUGUCUCAGACAGCUUCAAGGCUGUGGCCAAGCCCCGCCGCCUUCAGCAGGCGGCCCCCAGCGACCCCGACCUGCCCCCAGGUUACGUGCAGAGUCUGAUCAGACGUGUUGUGAACAACGUGAACAUUGUGGUGAACAACCUGAUCCUUAAGUACGUGGAGGAUGACAUUGUGCUGUCGGUCAACAUUACCUCAGCAGAGUGCUACACUGUGGACGAUAUAUGGGAGAGGGCCUUCAUGGACAUUACUGCUCCAGAGCUGGUCUUAAGGAAAGUGAUCAACUUUGCUGACUGUACAGUGUGCUUGGACAAGCGGAAUGCUAGUGGCAAGAUCGACUUUUACCAGGACCCGCUGCUGUACAAAUGCUCCUUCAGAACCCGUCUUCAUUUUACCUACGAAAACAUCAAUUCCAAGAUCCCAUCCGUCAUCAAAAUCCACACAAUGGUUGAGAGCUUGAAACUGUCCAUUACUGAUCAGCAGCUGCCCAUGUUUAUUCGCAUUUUGGAGCUGAUAAUUUCCCUCUACUACGGGGAAAUCGGAGGACACAAAGAGGGGGAGGAAGAAGAGAGAAAUGUGCAAGUCAGAGAGGCUGGCAACAUUUUACCUGGAAUGGAGGAGGAUAUGGAUGGACAGGGGACUAACCAGUUCUCCAGCCCAGACCUCUACAUGCAGUCUGGUUGUCCUGAAGAUGGGGACAUGGGUUGGGUGACCUGGGCUUGGUCUUUUGUUCCAGCCAUCGUAGGCACAGAGGAGGAAAUGGAGGAAGGCCUCUACCAGCAGAGAGAGACAGAAGGCAUCUCCAACAAUCCACAACAACGCACACCCAAAGACCCCAUUGUGUCCAUAGGCUUCUACUGCACCAAAGCUUCUGUUACCUUUAAGCUGACAGAGACCCAGUCAGAGAGCAGCUACUACAGCCCUCAGAAAGUCAAGUCCAGAGAGGUCCUGUGUGUGGAACAGGAGGGGAUCACUAUUGAGGUGCUGAUGAUGGGGGAGCCCUUCUUUGAUUGUCAAAUAGGCUUUGUGGGGUGCCGGGCACUCUGCCUGAAAGGCAUCAUGGGAAUACGAGAUUUUGAAGAAAACAUGAACCGACUUGAAGAGGAUGCAGUGUUCUUCAGCUGUGGGGACAGCCUAAGCAGUAAAGGAAUGACCUACCUCACCAAUUCCCUGUUUGACUACCGCAGUCCCGAGAACAACUCUGUCAGGGCUGAGUUCAUCCUGGAGACUGCUAAUCACAAGGAGACCUAUACGGAGAUAGCAGGCAUUCAACGCUUUGGUGCAUUCUACAUGGAUUACCUCUACACAAUGGAGAACAGCAGCAGCAAAGAGCCUCAGGACUUCUCUGUGGUGAGUUUGGAGGAGGUAGUACCUGCCGUUCAAGAGACAUCAAUCAAGAGGCUUGUGGUGGGAGCUUUGGAAGUCAGACUGCACAGCAGUGCCGUCCACCGCAUCCUCAAGAUGGUCACCUGUGCCAUGGAGCACGAGUAUGAACCCUACUACAAGCCACAGCCAGAAAUGGUUGAAGAGGGCCAUGGUGCAGCUACUCCAGAAGAGAUAUCAAGUUUAGAGGAAUUCAUCCCAACCAGACUCACAUGUCUCACUCUCCUCUCAGUCUCCGUGACUGUCUCCAUGGCAGAGUUCAACCUCCUUCACACACUCAUGCCUGUGAUCAUGGGAUGCAAGGUUGCACCGGUGCUAGUUAACGUGCCAGUGUUUCAGCCGGUGCGCCCUCUACCUGCUGUACAGUUCCAGGUGGAAAGGGUGAAUGUUGAACACACAGUGCCCAUGUAUGCUCCAGAGCUGGUCAGCACAGUGAGCCGCCUCAGCCAGCCUUCUGACAACCUGCUGCAUCACUGCUAUGCACACCUCUACCUCAAGGUGCUUGGGUUCCAGGCAGGUUUGACAUGCCAGGACAGUACGGGGGGUUUCCUGCCUCUCAUCCCCAUCAUCCCUUCCUUCAGCACUGCGCUCUAUGGGAAGCUGAUCCAGAUGCCUGCAUACUGGUGCAAGAGAUCUUCGGUCCCCACCACAGAGUGUAUUUUUGAGCUUCCCCACUUUACUGUCCAGGCAACAAGGGCCCAGACGCUUUUGCUCCAAGCGAUCUGUCAGAGCUGGACCCACAGCAUGGUCAAUGGAUCCCCGGUGACCCUCAGCGAAAGACUGCUCCGUGAGGUGUACAGAGGUCCAGGUGUGAAGUCUCCGGGCCCGUCACCGACUCUCGAGGGCUCGGUCCAAAACCUGGAGCUGAAGUUCUGCAGCCGUGCGACGGUGAAAUGCGCCUCGGGAACCGUGGGAGCUGUAAAAGUGUGCGCCAGGACCCCAGGUUCGGGAGAGGGGGUUAAGGAAAAGCUGGUUCCUCUGGUUCAGGGCCCGUCUGACACCAAAGAACUCCAUAUGAGCCGCUGGCUGAAUGAGAUCCGCAAGCCUGAAUCUUUGUUGGCUCCUGACCUUCUGGUGUUUUCUGUCCAAGUCCCACAGCAAGGAGGCGAUUGCAGGAACUCAGGUAGAAGCUUUGUAAUGUUGCAACUCUCUCUUUGGAAUGCAUCUAUCAUUGUACGUGCUCUGUAGUACAUUUUCUUACUCAGCAUGUGUGUUUUGGAAAUCAGAAAUCACCAUUGCACAUUGAUAUUUUUGUUUUUAAACUCAUUUUCUGGUCGUGGUUUUGGUGUUUGGACUGGUCCCAGGCUCUAGUAGUCCAUAUUCCAUCUCAAUUAUUGGUCAUCUAAUGCGAGAGUCUCAGUUUGUUUAGGUUGUCAGAUUUUCCUUCCUCCUAUAAUGUCACGCAAUGCCCCCUUUCAGUUAUUUGUUUGGUAAAGCCGAUAAGUGUUUUCCAC